AUGUCGAUUAAAAAUUUCGAGGGCAAGAGCCCCUUCAUCCAUGAGAGUUUUGAGUACUUCCUAAAGCAGGAGGGUGCCCGGCGUGAUGCGAAUGCUUAUUUGAAUCGGCAAGGUCAUCUAAUACCAGAGAGAGACAACUGGAUAAAGGCUACGACCGCCUUUACUGACGCGGAAAACAAUAAGGAAGUUGUUAAAUUUGCUGUCAGUGACAAGGUUUUACUCAUAGGCAACCGAAGCUCCUUUUCCGAGGGCCAAUAUCCUGGAGACCCAAAAGCGGCCGGAAUGUCCAUGAUACAUAUCUUCGCAAUCUCGAGGGCCAACUAUUUCAAUGCUGUAUCAUUGAGAAAACACGAAGCAUCCAUUAUCAAUGAUAUGAUAAAUUUCUUUCGAGAACAGUGGAAGCGACCUGAGUUCCGCGAAGCCGUUCUUGCACACCAAAGGAACGCCAUCGAGAACCAAGGCACAGAGGGCCGCGCUCAAGCGAGACAACAAUGGCAAGAGCUAAAGGGAAUAGUACAUCAACUUAAGUUCGAACACUUCGCUUUUGGAUUUCACCUGUGGCCCGAUAAUACAGUCGCGCAUUUACAUAUGCAUAUUAUCGCCAUGCCCGAGAAGUUCCGUCGAUACAGUACUAGGCUCAACGACGCGAAGACCGUGGACGCACACGAAGUCCGUGCCGAAGUUAAGCGCCAUGAUGAGUAG